AAAUUAGAAAAAACUGACAAAAUUUAGAAAAAACAAGGACAGAAAACCCACACAAGAGGGAACCGUCUUCCAAAGACAGAAUCGUGCAAGAACAGAUUUGAGGUAUGAGUUUCAGGUGGGCAGCCCAGCUCGUCGACAGGUGUCCCGUUGAUGGGCCAGUUUACUCGCCACGUAUCUCCUCGUAUAUCUUCCUCGUACUCACAUCACUGCUUCUGUAUUUAAACCGCGCCACUUCUUUAUUACUGACUCAGAACUACGUCCUUGCUCUGGAUUCUACACUCCAUAUGUCUAAAAGUUAUAAAGCAGGUCUGGGGUCAUUCCCAGAUCCUUAUCCCCAGGACAGGGCCAAAAUGCAAUCCGGAAACUUUAGUAAGUGCUCUCGCAAGAUUGAUCAGGGUUCAUUGUGUAGAGGUUUCAAAAUGUUGGAUGCAGAGUUUCUGUCCGAAUCUAAGAUGCUGGAAAUUGAAAAAGGUGCAGAGGAGCUCAAUAUUCCUAUUAUCCAGUCAAACCGAAAAUUAGUUGCCUCCGCUAAUGGUGGAUUAGAAAAUCCAUCUAGUUUAGUUUUCACUUCUGCUUGGAAUCAUCAUGAUGGUGGUGACCGAAAUGCCCCUAAAAGAUUCAACUAUCCUUCUGUGUCUAAUGUACAAAGGCCAAAGCGUGAUGACGAUAUUGCCUUUAUGAGUAUUCUGGAACUGGGCCACCUGAUCAAGUCUAAGCAAAUUACGUCUGAGGAGCUGACUCGAAUCUUUCUUAAUAGAUUGAAAAGGUAUGGCCCUGUCCUUGAAUCUGUCAUCACUAUAACAGAAGAGUUGGCAUACGAGCAAGCAAAACGAGCUGAUCAGUUGCUUGCGGAAGGCAAAUAUAUUGGCCCACUACAUGGAAUUCCAUACGGCUUGAAGGAUAUCAUUGCUGUACCACAUUACAAGACAACGUGGGGUUGUAAAACAUUCAAAAAUCAAGUUCUGGACAUUGAAGCUUGGGUUUAUAAGAGGCUGAAAUCUGCUGGGGCAGUUCUUCUUGCAAAGCUUGUAACUGGAUCACUUGCGUAUGACGAUAUAUGGUUCGGGGGUAGGACAAGGAACCCUUGGAAUAUCGAGGAAUAUUCCACUGGUUCAUCAGCUGGACCAGCCUCUAGCACCUCAGCCGGACAUGACGGAAUUGAUAUCAAAUCACCCAAAUGUAUGUUCAGUUAUUUGUUAUAUUCUAGUAAAUGUGCUUGUUUAUUGGAAGAUGCAAGAUCAGAAGGUUUGGUUCCUUUUGCAAUUGGUUCAGAAACUGCUGGAUCAAUCACGUAUCCUGCUGCUCGAUGUGGCUCAACGGCAUUAAGGCCAACCUUUGGAACUGUGGGCCGAACUGGUGUUUUGAGCUUAUCCGAGAGCUUGGAUAAAUUAGGACCAUUCUGUAGAGAUGCUACAGACUGUGCAAUUGUACUGGACGUAAUCCGUGGCAAGGAUCCAGACGAUCUUUCAUCUAAAAACAUACCGUUUUCUGACCCGUUCGCCGUUGAUGUGACGAAGCUAAACGUGGGGUACCUUGAGGAUGCCGAGAUGGAAGUGGUUGAAAAGCUUCGUUCAAAAGGCGUGAAUAUGAUCCCGUUUAAGCUUAAUUACACUGUUGAGUCUGCUCAAGGAAUUCUCAACUUCACCAUGGAUGUUGACAUGUUGGCCCACUUUGACCAGUGGCAGCGAUUGGGCCUGGAUGACGAUUACGAAGCCCAAGACCAGUGGCCUCUUGAACUCCGGCGGGCCCGUGUUGUGCCUGCUGUAGAUUAUAUCCAAGCGCAAAGAGCUAGAGGGAAGCUAAUACGAGAAGUAAGAGAAAGUUUCAAAGUGGAUGCCUUUGUAGGGAAUGCGACUGACUGGGAACUUGUUUGCGUGGGCAAUCUCGUGGGCAUGCCCGUAGUUGUUUUGCCGACUGGGUUUAAGCAAAUAACUGAUGCCCCUUCAAAUCAAACUCGAAGGAAAACUACAGUCCCAGCAGGUCUUUACGCACUGCCAGGUCACGAUCACAUCGCUUUGGCAUUGGCUAUGGCGUACCAGUCUGUGACUGACCAUCACAAGCAGCGGCCGCCUAUUGAUGAUUUGGGACCCGGAGAUUCGAUACCAAAUCCACCAACAAGAGCAAUACCACCCAGACAACUGCGAUAGGGUUGUUAUUGCCAGUCUAGUUCUUUGGUGUUGUAUUUGUUCUGUUUUUUGUUUGAAAAUUUAAUAACCGGUAAUAAUUUCACUUUCUUCCUCUUUUUUCUGUUGCUUUUGGUUGCACGUGGUUAAAACUGAAAUUUGCCCGUACAGGAAAUUCAUUUUGCCACAUCACAUAAAUGAAAUGUUCAGGUAAAUGGUAAAGCAUAGUUUGUUUGAUACUAGUAAAGUAUACGUGCCACAUGGUUAUAACUUUUGUUGUCGAUUAAUUUUUAGUAAGAAAAAAUCGAUUGACUUGGU